AAUGUGAGGUUAAGCAAGAGCCGCAUCCAAUUAUCAAACAAUAUGGAUUACAAUAUCACCACUGAACCAGCAGCCUCUUCCUCUUCUCCUUCCUCUCAUCAAUGGGAAUAUGAUUCUGCUUUCACCCGUCAAUGGGGAUAUGAAUUACCUUCCUCCAAUCAAUGGGAUCCUCCUUCCUCCCAUCAAUGGAUAUAUGAUGUCUUUCUUAGUUUUAGAGGUGCGGAUACACGCGUCAGCUUUACAGACCAUCUGCUCACUAGUUUGGAACAAAGGGGAAUUUACACCUUCACGGAUGAUAACUUUCGAAUGCAAGGAGGUGCGGAUACAUCAGACGCGAUUUUUUAUGCAAUUGAAAAGUCAAGGAUUUCUCUCAUCAUAUUCUCUACAAACUAUGCCUCCUCAACUAGGUGCCUGGACGAGCUUGCUAAGAUCCUUGAAUGUACGAAAUCACAGCAGCAAAUUGUUCUGCCGAUUUAUUACGACGUGGAACCCUCAGAUGUAAGACACCAAAGCAGCACUUUUGGUGAAGCAUUUGAUGGCCUUGCAUACAAAUACAAGGAUGAUUUGGAGAAGGUGGGGCGAUGGAGGACGGCUCUUAGGAAAGCAGCAGAUUUGGCUGGGAUGGAAUUAAACAAAUUUGGGUAUGAUGAAUCCAAAUUUAUUUAUGCAAUCAUUGAAAAGAUUUCACGACAAUUAAACCGUGCCUAUUUGACAUAUGAGACGAACGAUCUAGUUGGAAUAGACUCUCGCAUGCGAGAAAUGAAUGAUCUUUUAGGUGUUGGACAUGCUGAUGUUCGCAUGGUAGGUAUAUGGGGGAUUGGUGGAAUGGGUAAGACAACACUUGCUAAAGCUGUUUAUAAUUCAGUUGCCCAUAAGUUUAAAGCUUCCUGCUUUUUGGGAAAUGUUAGACAAAUUUCUGAGGCACCAGGAGGCUUAGUCCAACUACAAAAGACUCUUCUUUAUACCAUUCUCGGGCUGAAUAUACCGAGAGUCACAAAUGUUGAUUCAGGAGUCAAUAUCAUUAAGAGUAGGUUGCGCGACAAAAAGAUUCUCCUAAUUAUUGAUGAUGUGGAUCAAUUGGAUCCGUUGAAAUACUUAGCUGGAAGCUCUGAUUGGUUUGGUGCCGGCAGUAGAAUUAUCAUAUCAACAAGGGAUGAGCAUUUGCUUCUUGCUCAUAAAAUUGAGUUCAUAUACCAAGUGAAGGAGUUAGAACUUGAUGACGCUAUGGAGCUCUUCCAUUCUAAAGCCUUCCCAAAAAGUAGAAUUCCGAAUGAUUAUCUAGAACCCGCAAGUAGAGUCGUAGGCUAUGCUCAAGGGAAUCCAUUUGCCCUCAUAGAUAUGGGUUCACUUUUAUGUGGGAAAAGUAUAGAUGAAUGGCACUCUAUGUUAGAAAGGUACAAAAGAGCUCCUGCCUCAAAUAUUCAAGAAAUCCUCAAAAUAACUAAAAAGGAGCAUGACUUGCAAAGCAAGAUAUUAGAUGAAGCUGAAAAAUUACUUGAAGAUGAAGAAGAUGGACUAAACGAAGUUGGAAGCCUUGAAAGGCCUGAAGCUGACAAGUCUGAAGUUGACCACGUCGACGGAGUAAAAGCAACCGAAACCAACAAAGGCUCUCCUGGAGGAGAUGAGAUCAGCCCCGAUACUCUAAAACAGGACCAACUUGGCGAUGUUACACUUGAAGCUCUGAUUGGUUUGGUGCCCGGCAGUAGAAUUAUCAUACCAACAAGGGUUGAGCAUUUGCUUCUUGCUCAUAAAGUUGACUUCACCUACCAAGUGAAGGAGUUAGAACUUGAUGAAGCUAUGGAGCUCUUCCAUUCUAAAUAG